GCCAUGCGGACGUACGCGGCUAUGUAAGAUGGCGGCUUGAGAGCGGCUCGUUGAGACACCGCGCUACCUGUGAACGAGCUCACACACCUGAGCAGCCCCGCGUCACGUGGAGCCGCCGAGGAGUCGCGCUCCUCAUCCAGAGUUGGUGGGAUGGCGAAGAGGAUCGCUGAUAAAGAGCUCACGGACAGGAACUGGGAUCAGGAGGAGGAGGGAGAGGAGGCCGGGACCUUUUUAGUUGCGAGUGAAGAUGUGUUGAAGAGCCGGCCGAUCAAGAAGGCCAAACGCAGAAACAUCGGAGAGGCGGAGGGAACCGGAUCCUUCAAAGGGUUUAAAGGUUUCUCUCUGACGUCGGCGGCGACCGGAGGCUCCGCUCCGACGGCGUUCUCCGGUUUCGGUAACGGCGGCGGUGGCUUCUCGGGCCUCAGCGGCCUGACCAACGGAAACAGCAUCGCCACGACGUUCGGAGGUUUCUCUUCUCCGGCUGUAACGUCCACCGCCACACCCGGUCUGACGUUCAACGGCCCCGCCUCCUCUGACAUCACGGCCCAGCAAACCAAUGGCUCCGGCCCGAGCCCGGCUCAAAGCUCCGGCAGCAGCAGCAGCAACAAGGAGUACAGCCGUCAGCUCACGGCUCUGAACUGCUCCGUGAGGGACUGGAUCACCAAACACGUCAACGGGAACCCUCUGUGCGACCUCAACCCCAUCUUCAGGGACUACGAGCGCCACCUGGCCUCCAUCGAGCGCCAGUAUGGAGCCGGGUCCGCCGACGGGGGCUCCGAGGAGAAGAAGAAGAAGCUGCCGGCUGCGGCCACCCUUCCUCCUCCUGCUGCUCCUCCCUCCUCCUCCUCCUCGCCGUCUCCAGCCGCCGCCGCUUUGUUCUCCUUCGGCAAAAACACGACAGAAGACUCUUCCAAAGGUCCCGGCGUCACGUUUAACUUCGGUCAGAAGGUGGACGCCUCUGUCCUCGGGUCGUUAGGGUCCAAGACGACCCCCCCGAGCUUCUCCUUCUCCUCCUCCAGCGCCUCCUCCGCUCAGACCUCCGUGUUCGGAUCUGCUGCUCCGCCGUCCUUCAAGUCUGAGGACGCUCGACCCGCAGACGCCAACGGAGACGAGGAGUCGGAGGAGCCGCCCAAACCGGAGAUCAAGGAGGUGAAAGAGGACGACGCCUUCUACUCCAAGAAGUGUAAACUGUUCUACAAGAAGGACGCAGAGUUCAAAGAGAAAGGAGUCGGAACUCUGCACCUCAAACAGACCGACGACGGAAAGGUUCAGAUGAUCAUACGGGCCGACACCAAUCUGGGGAACAUCCUGCUGAACAUCCUGCUGCAGGCGUCCAUGCCGGUGUCUCGCGUCGGUAAGAACAACGUGAUGGUCGUCUGCGUCCCCAACCCGGCCGUCGACGACAAGAACCCCAACAGCCCCGUCCCCCUUCUGAUCCGGGUCAAGACCGCCGGGGACGCCGACGAGCUGCACAAGACCCUGGAGGACAAGAGAGGCUGAGGCCCCCCCACACACACACACACACACCAACAACAACCACCCCCCCCACUGCCCGAGCUUUUAGCUGCCCCCCCGGUCAUCCUCACACUCACUCGUGUUCUGGUCCUGUUCUCCGUUCUCACGUCAGAUUGGUCGUCAUACUGUGAAACAUAAACUCCAGAGUCGUUAAAGAACCCGCUCGUCUACAUUCCUCCGCUGCUGUUUUUAUUAGAACCAACCACCAUCCACCGUCUGCACCACCACAAAAACCUCCAAACCCAUAAAAAAAGGUUAAACUUCUCGCAGUAACAGUUCGUUUUUCUGAAUGAAUCGAGGGUUCUGUGUGUUUUUUUGUUUUUUUUUAGUGGAAACUAUUUAUUUUGGUGUGAAUGUUUCCCCCCCGAUGAGCUCCUGAAAUCGGCUUUUUUUAAUUUUGUCAUCAUGGACUCUGUUGUUGUUGUUUUUUUGUCCAAGUGUCCUUUUGUGUGACGAGGAACGCCGUCGUCGUCUGAGAACGUUUGUAAAGACGUUUACUGGGAAAAUAAAAAAGAAACAAACGA